UAGAGAUCAGUUCGUUUUCGGUCGUUGACUACGUAAGAGCGCUGAGAAGAGGUAGUCACAGACUGUUCCCCACAGACAUGGCUACUAAUGCUUCCACUGAAACCCCGGUGGCGCCCGCUUCCUGGUGUGGGCGUGGCGACAAGCCCCGCACUUUUGAGAAGCAUUCGCCCGUCGUCUGCUAUGAUAAACCAGAAGCAUCCAUAGUGUCAAGGGAGGAAUACGAUGACAAGCGUUUCAAGGCUCUUACCGGCGAUUUGGUGGAGACAUUGGUGGUGCCCAAGCGGGAGGCACGCACUUGGACAAUGCAGGCGGGCGAUCUGUGCCGAGUCACCAUCCACGAGGGCUCGCAGGUGGGCGACAUGAACUUCUGGAACCUGGAGAAUACUGCCGAACGGUUUUACUCCGGCAAGACACGCCAGCUGCACUCGUCGCACCUGCGUGUCUACGAUCGCCUGUGGAGCUGCUUGCCCUAUUUGCGUCCCAUGGCCACCUUCGUGUUCGACUCCCUGGCCGGCUAUGGGAUCGAUGAGGACGGUGGUGCUCUGCACGAUGUGAUUGGAACGCGCUGUGACGACUACACCUACAAGCUAAUCACGGGCAAGGAUCGGGUGGGCAGUUGCCACAGCUCUUUGGUCAAGGCGGUGGUGGAGGAGCGCGGCCUGACGGAGCAGGAUGUGCACGACGUGUGGAACAUCUUCAUGUGCACCGGCUUCACCCGUGACACUCAUCAGUACUUCUGCAAGCCGAGUCCCGCCCGCAAGGGAGACUUUAUUGAGUUCGUUGCGGACAUGAAUCUGCUGGUGGCCCUGAGCGCCUGUCCCCAGGGAGAUGUCUCCAUUCAGGUGGGCGCCGUAGUGCCCGACGACAAGUGUCACCCCCUCAAGGUCGAGGUGUUCCGCAAAAAGUAAUCCGAUCGGUUCUCAUUUGUAUUCCGAGUGGAGAAAAUCCGGUUACACUAACACAUCAAGGUGAUUGGUGAUUACCUGUCGUGACUGGGUCACUGUUUAUGUGUCAUAAAGCUUGUGAAGAAAAUAUAUUAUUAUCUCAAGAAAUUUUUAA